AUGCGUAAGACCACGAAGAAGGUGUUCCAGGACCACGAAGACGGACCACAAGGUGUACAAGGAGAACGAGGACCAGUUGGACCAGCUGGAGCAGGAAAAUAA